UGCAGUAGAAAACAUGCAUGUGGGUCAUGGGUGCAGGGCUCCACCUUUUAGAAGGUGCCCUCUCAUCCCCCACAUUGCCUCCGGGAUGGUUCAUAGACACUGCAGUGCCUGGAGUCCUCCCUUUGAGAGAUGAAGACUCUCAAGUUCAAAGUGGACUCAGAUAUACCUGGAUUCCAUUCCUGGCUCUCCUUUCCGGCUGUGCCAACUUAAGCAAGUAAAUCUACUUCUCUGCGCCCCAGUUCCCUCACCUGUUAAAUAAGAGUGACAGAGCCCUCUUCAGCUUGUUGUGAGAAGUUAAAGGUUGUUAGAAGGACAGGAAGAUGCCACCCAAGCGUGUAGCUAAGAGAAGGUCUCCCCCAGAAGAUGCCCUCCCCAAAAGCAAGAAGGUGAAAGACCCUCGUAACCAGGCAGUGAGGGCCGUUGCCUCCCGCCGUGUUCCAGGCGCCCGCUCCUGCCAAGUCUCCCAUAGGUCGCACGGCACAGAACCAGGUAUGGUGCUGACACUGGGCCAGGGCGACGUGGGCCAGCUGGGGCUGGGCGAGAAUGUGAUGGAGAGGAAGAAGCCGGCCCUAGUGUCCAUUCCAGAAGACAUCGUGCAGGCUGAGGCUGGGGGCAUGCACACUGUGUGCCUAAGCAAAAGUGGCCAGGUCUACUCCUUCGGCUGCAAUGACGAGGGUGCUCUGGGAAGGGAUACAUCAGUGGAGGGCUCAGAGAUGGUCCCUGGGAAAGUGGACCUGCAAGAGAAGGUGGUACAGGUGUCAGCAGGAGACAGUCACACAGCAGCCCUCACCGAGGAUGGCCGUGUCUUCCUCUGGGGCUCCUUCCGGGACAAUAAUGGUGUGAUCGGGCUCUUGGAACCCAUGAAAAAGAGCAUGGUGCCCGUGCAGGUGCAGCUGAGUAUGCCCGUCGUGAAGGUGGCCUCAGGAAACGACCACUUGGUGAUGCUGACAGUUGAUGGCGACCUCUAUACUUUGGGCUCCGGGGAGCAGGGCCAACUGGGCCGCGUACCUGAAUUAUUUGCCAAUCGUGGUGGCCGUCAGGGCCUUGAACGACUCCUGGUCCCCAAGUGUGUGAUGCUGAAAUCCAGGGGAAGCCGGGGCCAUGUCAGAUUCCAGGAUGCCUUCUGCGGUGCCUACUUCACCUUCGCCAUCUCCUCUGAGGGCCAUGUAUAUGGCUUCGGCCUCUCCAACUACCAUCAACUUGGAACCCAAGGCACAGAAUCCUGUUUUAUACCUCAGAACCUAACAUCCUUCAAGAACUCCACCAAGUCCUGGGUGGGCUUCUCUGGGGGCCAGCACCACACAGUCUGCAUGGAUUCAGAAGGAAAAGCAUACAGCCUGGGCCGGGCUGAGUAUGGGCGGCUGGGCCUUGGGGAAGGUGCUGAGGAGAAGAGCGUACCCACCCUGAUUUCCAGGCUGCCCACGGUCUCCUCAGUGGCUUGUGGAGCCUCUGUAGGGUAUGCUGUGACCAAGGAUGGUCGUGUUUUUGCCUGGGGCAUGGGCACCAACUACCAACUGGGCACGGGACAGGACGAAGAUGCCUGGAGCCCCGUGGAGAUGACAGGCAAACAGCUGGAGAACCGCGUGGUCUUAACUGUGUCCAGCGGGGGCCAGCACACAGUCUUACUAGUCAAGGACAAGGAACAGAGCUGGUGAAGCCUCUGAGGGCCUGGUUCCUGGCCCCCACAACCUCCCUCGUGGAACAGGGAAGCCGUGACGACUACGUGUUCCAGCAGGCCUCUCCCGGCCCCGAGUACUCUGUCACCUCCUGCCUUUUCCUCAUCAGCAGAACAGAACCCUUCUCCCUUUUGUGUCCCCUUCUUUUCUGGAAUCAUCCUGGGACUUACAGGAUGAGGGUGGGAUAGAUGGAAGAGAGGGGAGGGGUUUUUAUCAGAAGGAACAUUGCUCACCCCACAGCCAUAUGGUCAGACCUUCCCCCUCAUCCCUACUUCCCAUGGUACUGGCUGACCCUGGUUUUGCCUCUCCAAAACCAAAACUUCCUCCCCUGCGUGUUUGGUGCCCAUAUACGCUGAGAAGUCGGGCUCCAUCAAGCCCCGCUCUAGUCCUGUGCCACUCUUCCCGUCCUUCACAACCCACAGGCGGACACAUGGUACAGUCGUCAGACCCAGCUGUCAUGGACUUAUGCCUGGGGGAAACUGGAGAAGGGGCAGGGCUACCCAGCCAUGGGCAACCCCAGGCCAAAUAUUUGGCCCUGAACAGGUGCCCAUGGGGCAAAAAGAAAAACAGGGCUCCUCCGCUUGAUCAAGAAGAAGCUAAUCCGCCUUUCUCCCAGAAGCACAAAGCAUUCUGUCCUUCAGGCCUUGUCUGCAGUCUCCCCCAUCCAUCCUGCCUCACCUGCAGCCAAGGGCCUGAAAUCUGGAAAGGCAGCUGUGCCUGCAGGGCAGGACUUGCGGGGAGAGGGAAAGGAGGGCUUUAUAAACAAACUUACGGCAAUAUUGAGAGUGAAAGGAGGGAGGGGAAGAGGGUUGGAGGGGUAGAGUCUGGUCCCCAGAAAGGGAAACAGCAGCUUGUACAGUGGCUGAAAAAACAGGAAAGGGUUUUGAUUUUCUUUUUUUUUAAUGUAAAGUAUUUUGGAGGGGAGAGUGAAGUCUUUUAAUACUUUGAAUAAAUUUAGAGUUUUAUAAAACAGGCCACUUAUUUUCUACACACUCCCUGCUUUUUUAAGGGAGCACCUGCUGUGUUGGGAAGGGCAGAAUGACCCCAUGCCUGUAGACCUGGGGAAGACUAGGACUUCAGUGAUGUCAAGAAGUCCUGGUAUGUGCCAGCUGUUCAUUUUUUGUUAUUUGUUGUUUUGUUUUUGUUUUUUGUAUGGAACAAUGUCUGUUCUAGACAAAUCAAAAUGAGUCGAUUGGUUUUUGUUAGGUAUUUAUGUUUCAAGAAUCACUGGAUUUUUACAAAAUUAUAUUGUACAGUAUGUGAGACAUGGAAUGGAUCUUUUUAAUAUCCUAAUUUGAAACCAAGAUUUUUGAGUACAAUACAUCUCUAGAAAUACACUAAGUUUAAUGAUGUAUCAUUUCAAAAGCUAGUGUAACUGAUUAAACAUGAUUAAUUGCACAGUAACAACUUACGCAUAAUGAUGUAGAUUUUCACAGGCAUUUGAGCAACCAAAUCACAUAAAGCUAACCUGUCCAGUAUGGUGGUCAGUAGCUACUUGUGGCUAUUUAGGUUUAAUUUAAAUUUGUAAAAGUGUAAAAUGAACUUCCUCAAUUUUUUCUAGCCACAUUGCAAGUCCUCAGUAGUCAAAAGCAGCUAGUGCCUAUGGUUUGGGGGCUAUGCAAAUACCGAAAUUUAUAGAACAUUUCUAUAAUUG